UGGUUUUGAUUUAUUAGCUAGCUUCUGUGACAAUAUCAUUAGAGCCGUGCGAUUGUAUUUUAAUCCUACGGUUUGUUAACAUUAGUCUGCGUGGUUUUAGUUUUAACAUAGGCACCGUUGGAUUGCUGUUUUCCAUGUGAACCGUAGAUUUUUAUAUUUACAAAACGGCGUCGUAGGGGAUUUAACCGGGAAGAUGAAGAAAAAGGCGCGGGAAAAUAAAAAACUGCAAUCUUUUAAUCAAGGGGGAAUUUGCUGUAUAUUCAUAAGGGCCAAGAAACUCAAGAAUCUAACCAUGCUACAGGACCGGCCCAUUGAAGAGACAGGUUUGGGCGAAGCUUGCCGAAACAACCCCUCCAAGCGCGUACGCGUGACCAACAAACGUGAGAAAAAAACAUGUGCUCAAUUGCUUGUACCAAACCUAUCGAUAGUAUAGUCUGUCUAAUCAAUAUCCUAACCAAACGCUAAUUAUAUUCAAAAUCGCAAAUUCCCGCUCUUAACAACUGUGUCGCUUUUAUUAAACCGAGACCCAUUUAAUAGCUUCUUAUCUAUACUGUUUCACUGUGAAAAUAGUAAAGAGAAAGAAAAGAUGUCUGAAGAUGACGAUUUCUCAAGAGUUAAAGCACUACGAGACAACGAUCAGGUAUGGAGUACCGACUUUAAAGCUAUUUAUUACCGUUCAUUGUUGUUGUUGGGAUGGAUAUAUGAUAGGUUAGGUUAAGUAUUUAAGUUCUUAAUGAUAGGUCCUUCAUAUCCGACUUAUAGUUGUGUGGUUUGUGAAAAAAUAGAAGUGAUAGAGAAACUGUUAAAACAGAUAAGUCGGCAGUUAACAAGAAAAUCUAUAAUCGUUAUACUAGACUAUAUAGGCCUGAUCAAUAGAAUAGCAAACUGAUGAACAAGUGUCAUCUGCCUUUUCGUUGCAGCUGACUGAGCAGGACGACUGUACGGUGAUAACGGGAACAUGGGUCCGAGAGGAAGACGGAAAAUGGAUUUUUGAUACUCUGAUAGAGGAUGAAAGAAAUACCAUUACCGUGAACCCUCUAAUGGAAUACGAAGACUUGGUGAACCUGGUGAAGGAAACCCUGAACAUCCGCGCAAAGAACGUAACACUCAAGCUCUCAUACCAAUAUCCUUCAUGGAUGGAGAUAGACGAUGGGGAUGGUUCAACACCACAGUUCAUAUCUGACGAUCAUGAGGUCGAGGUUUUUGUCCAAAUGAGGCGCAAAAUCGAGGAAGUUAACUUGUGUGUUACUAUCUCAGAGGUGAUCGAUGGUAUCCCAACAAACCAUCGAAGACCCCACUAUGCGAAUGUAACAGAUCAAACCCUGCUGAGAAACGAAGAUGAUGAGGACAGUGAAUCCGAUGAAGGGUUUGAGGAAGACUGGCUCGAGUUUGCGAUAUCCGAAACACCUCUGACAUGUCCUCCCAUCCAGAAUGACGUGGGUGGAAGUUUCGGUGUGCAGCCUAAACAGACUAUUCCAUACAACAGAAAUGGAAUAGUAAUACGCGACCCGCUGAUACGGCUUGCGAGUCCUCCACACGAAGCUACUUAUCGAGGGAAAGGAAAAGGUAUUGCUACAGAACCUGACAAAUGGGAAGCUGCUGAUAAACUCCUUCAACCACAAAUGUCAACAAACAAAGGUGUAUUCGGGGGAAAUGGUGAGAGCAGUCGUACGGUGCGUCGUCGCUUGUUUGAGGAUCCCCGCGCGCCACCACAGGGAGAUAUCAAGAUGGAGGAACCUUGCCAAGCAGAACCUGAGCCCAUAGCACAACCUCUUCUUACAACCACUCCGGUUGCAGCUCAACCAAGUAGCCUAUACACGUGGACACGAUUCCAAGACUCUUUGCAUGACCUGCUUAAUGACGAAAGCUCUGAGCCGGUGCUCUUUGGACGUGAUGCCCCACCGGUUAUAGAAAGCACCGACGAAAUUGGUAAGAUAUUUGAAAGACUAUACUAUAAGUAAAUAUGGUAUAGAACGUAAACUGACGUUCAAUAUGUGAUCAUCUGUAGGGUUGGUUGAAGCUUUAGAAGCUGUCCCAUAUGAAGGGGACAAUCUGUUUGUGGGACAGGUGUUCAAAUCAAAGAAUGACUGCAAAAUUAAGAUUGCAAUUCAUGCCAUUAACCGGAAGUUCCACUUCAAGACAAAGCGCUCAACCCCCGCCUUUAUGGUUCUAAUUUGCGUCGCCAUAGACUGUCCUUGGAGAGUGUACGCUGCACGGAUCGAUGGAACAGGGAAUUUUCAGAUAAGGCAAGCAACUUUCAGGCACUGCUGCUCGGUUGAUGCGAGGAGGAACUACCACAAGUUGGCAACAACACAAGUGAUUGGGGAGCUCAUACAAUCCCGAUUCAUCGGAAUCAAGCGAGGACCAACACCAGAAACCAUAAGAAAGAUUAUGCUGGACGACUACAACGUCAAUGUUUCAUACUGGAAAUCUUGGAGGGCACGUGAAAUUGCUAUGGAAAGUGUGUUAGGAUCUAUGGCCGGAAGCUACGCACUGAUGCCUGCAUACAUGGGCCUGCUAUUAACGACAAAUCCUGGCUCCCUCUGCGUCAUAGAAAAGACAGAGAGUGACGAUGGAGGUGUUCUUUUUAAGUAUGCCUUCAUAGCAUUUGGGGCAUCCAUCAAAGGCUACCGCUACAUGAGAAAAGUAAUUAUCAUUGAUGGAACAAGUCUGAAAGGGAAGUACGGAGGAUGUUUAAUGUCCGCUUGCGCACAAGACGGAAAUUAUCAAAUCUUUCCUCUUGCUUACGCGGUGAUGGAUAGUGAGAACGAUGAAUCAUGGGAAUGGUUCAUGAUGCAGCUUAGAACCUUUGUUGACAAUUCAGACGAGUUGGUUUUCAUAUCUGACCGCCACGGUAGCAUCUACUCUGCAAUAAACAAGGUGAGCAAUAUAAAUCAGGUCGACUGUCUAUGUUAAUAAUAUAUAUAGUAUAGUCUAAAUAUUAGUGAAAUUGUUAUGUAGGUGUUCCCCUCUGCAUCACAUGCGGCUUGCACAGUUCACUUGUGGAGGAACAUCAAGGCCCGUUUUAAAUCUAAAAGACUAGCCUCUCUUAUGUCGGCUGCAGCAAGAGCGUAUACUGUGGAAGGAUUCAAUAAGAAGUUUCUUGAUAUUCAACGUGCCAGCCCAGGGUGUGCAGGGUACUUGGUUGACAUAGGUUUCACUCAUUGGACACGCGCUCAUUUUCAAGGAGAAAGGUUCAAUAUAAUGGACUCAAAUAUUGCAGAAUCAUGGAAUUCAGUGUUGAAAGAAGCCAGAGAGUACCCCCUCAUCUCCAUGUGUGAGUACAUACGUACUACUAUCAUGAGUUGGUUUGCACUUCGCCGUGCAAAAGCUAUGGAGCAUAAGGGGGCACUAACGCCGAUGGUGCAACGCCAAGUGGAAGUCAACUUUGAGGCAUCGACAGCGUUGGCUGUAUGUGGUAUUAGCGAAACCGAGUUUCAAGUGAAGGCACAAACUGGAGAGUGUUUCUUGGUCAACCUCUUAGCUGGAACAUGUUCAUGCAAUGCAUAUGAGCAGUUACGAAUUCCAUGUCGCCAUGCAGUGGCGGCAGCUGGAAGAGCCAACAUCCCAACCGAGUCAUUGGUUGCAGCUGCGUACUUUGCGGACACGUGGCAUAGCGCGUAUGAGGCAAAGAUUUACCCAAUACCAUCUGUGGGGGGAAAAGAAGUAGGAGGAGAGUAUCACGGCGAUCUCCUACCGCCUGCGGUGAAGAGACCACCGGGGAGGCCACGAAAGGUGCGCAUUCUGUCGCGAGGUGAAGACAAGGUAUUGAUUUCCAUAUUUAAACCUCACUAUACUUUUUCACAUAACCAUAUAGUAUAGUUUCAUGCCACUGAAAUGCCAUGAUUGACUGAGAUUAUUAUGUCCAUAUUAUGAGAUACAAAUACAUAGUCUCGGUAGCCUUUCAAUAUUUAAUCUUUUCUUUAGCUUUAAGGAUUGUGGUGUGUGUUGUGUAGGCUUAGGUUCUAUGUUUGGCUUUAUGUUCGCACAGCAACUGACUAUACUAUAAUAUUCUGAUAAACAGUCUGAAUAUUGUUUCUCACAACCUCCACAUUUUCAAUUGUUGAACAGCACGCAGGACGUAACGGUUGCAGGAGAUGCACACG